UCCCAACCAUUCUCCCAAACCCUCCGUAGAUCUCGCUACUCACUCUUCAAAAAAAUAGUUGGAUUGCAUUCCAUUCUGGAAGAGAGAGAAAAAAACCAAACACAAAAACAAAUCAUUUUUCUCUCCUUUCACCAUGUUUCUGAUUCUGGCUCUUCUUCCUUUUCCUCUCUGACCAUAUCAUUUUGUCUCGGAAGCGGUCUCCCGCUUCCGAGCCGGCUAAAAAUUCCGGGUCACCGGAGUUUUUCUCUUUUUUAAUAUAUCUUAAAUGGGUUGUGUGAACUCCAAGAAAGGUCUGGCAGGAGAAACCAACACGGUUUCUCCUGUGGGACCUUAUGUUUAUACGGGUUCGCGAAAAAGGAGCAAUGGUUCUGGGAGGAGCAUGGUGGUGGAGGCUUCUUCUUCUUCUAGAGGACAUUCUGGUGUUUUGGUGACACAACAACAGCAUCAGCAACAGCAGCAACAGCAACAACAGCAACAGCAGCAUGAUGAGGUGAAGAAAAAGGAAGAAAGGAAGAAGGGAGAUUUGAAUGUGAGGAUUGGUUUCUCACAUAGGUUUGUUGAAGGUGAACAGGUUGCUGCUGGUUGGCCUUCUUGGCUUACUUCUGUUGCUGGUGAAGCCAUUCAUGGUUUGGUCCCUCUCAAAACUGAUUCUUUUGAGAAAUUAGAUAAGGUUGGACAAGGUACAUAUAGCAGUGUUUUCCAAGCUCGCGAAGUCGAGACAGGGAAGAUGUUUGCGUUGAAGAAGGUGCGGCUUGACACACUUCAACCGGAGUGCAUUAGGUUCAUGGCGCGGGAGAUCAUAAUUCUCCGCACACUUGACCACCCUAACAUCAUGAAAUUAGAGGGUAUAGUCACUUCACAAUUAUCAAAUAGUAUAUACCUUGUAUUCGAAUACAUGGAGCAUGAUCUCGCUGGCCUAAUAUCUAACCCCGAUAUCAAGUUCACAGACUCACAGAUUAAGUGUUACAUGAGACAGCUAUUGAGUGGAAUCGAGCAUUGUCACCUACGCGGUAUCAUGCAUCGAGACAUUAAAGUAUCAAACAUAUUAGUUAACAACGAAGGAAUUCUAAAGAUCGGAGACUUUGGAUUAGCAAACACCAUUAGUCAAAGUAGCAAACAUCCGUUAACAAGCCGCGUAGUGACUCUAUGGUAUCGUCCUCCCGAGCUUUUGAUGGGAUCGACAAACUAUGGAGUUACAGUCGAUCUGUGGAGCGUAGGGUGCGUGUUUGCCGAACUUUUUCUAGGGAAGCCCGUCCUUAAGGGGAGAACUGAGGUGGAACAAUUGCACAAAAUAUUUAAGCUUUGCGGGUCUCCGCCUGAAGAGUUUUGGAAAAAGAGCAAGCUUCCGCUUGCAACAAUGUUUAAGCCUCAGACAAGUUACGAAAGCUCGCUUUCGGAGAGAUGUAAAGGUUAUAUUCCUUUAUAUGCUGUGAACCUACUUCAGACCUUACUCUCCAUUGAUCCAUCCAAACGCGGUACUGCCUCUUCCGCGCUUAUGUCCGAGUAUUUCAACACCGCGCCGUAUGCUUGUAAUCCAUCACUUCUGCCAAAAUAUCUACCAAGCAAAGAGAUGGAUGCUAAAAACAGGGAAGACCAGCAAAGGAAAAAGAAUGGAGCUAAAGUGCGAGAACGAGAUGCUGUGACGUCUGGAAGGCAAAGACGGGCACAUAAAGUUGUGCAGGAUCCUCACAAUGUCAGCAAACCAGCUUGGAAAGAGGGAAUGCAUAAUAUUUCUCUAAACUCUGGUAAAGACGGCGACAAUAAACCGCAUCACACAAAGGGAAAAGGAGGAGCUAUACACAAAGAGCAACAAAAACAUCUAUAUGAUACAAAAUCAGACACUGCAGAUAAGAUGAAUGGUUACAACGGCUAUAGUGCGUACACAGGACCGACACAAGUCUCAGGAUCUAGCGGCUUUACGUGGGUGAAAAGAAGAAAACCAGAAGCUUCGUCAAUAUUAUCAGACGGCUCAAGAAGCAAAAUCAGCGCAAUGGAUCCAACCUUCGCGAAAGGCACAUAUGACUUAACGAAAAACGGGACAGACGUUUCAGAAAGGAAACAUACUUACAACGCAAGCCAUCGCGACGAGGCUUCCAAGCAUGCACUAUCAAAGCAGCAGGGUCGUAAUGUUCAAUCUGAAUCGUUUGAUGUUGCUGAUAUAUACAGUUCCAACUAUUACAUGGAUUUCGAUCUCGCAGAAAAAACGAAUGCUCAUACAAAUGCACAGGACCAUACAAACUAUGGUGAGCCUGUGGAGCUAUCAGUACCAACUACGACUCAAACAGAUAAAAACGGCGAGUUAAAUUGGGACGAAAAUAACAAGUGGCGACAAUCUCUUCGAAAAUCAAGGUUGGGAAGAGACAAAUGAAUAGAUAUGUUAUAAUCGCAUCGACAAAGGGUGCUUUGCUUGACUUAAACAUUGUCGCGAACGAUGGACUCUACUAUCGACGAGAUUCUAACUGUAUUAACUUCUGACUUGAGCUCUUUUGAAAGCUUUGGCACUAUCUCUCUCCAUUUGUUCAUUACAACAAAAGUGUUCAUACAUAGGAGCAACAGUGAAAUAUAUAGGAUGAUAUACAUAACAGUGCCAACAUUGAAGAUGAAAUGAUUAAAGAAAUGUUUUAAUUUUUUUAUGAUAGAUAUUGUGUUUAGUUUAGUACAUAAAAAUGUCUUUAUUUA